CAAUUCAAGGUGGCGGUCGUUUGGACGAUCCACUCCAAUCCUGAGGGGCUGACAUUGCUAGAAAAACUCGGUAAUUUGGGUCAGAAUGGGUGUUUUUUGGCAUUGGGCUGGUUCAUGGGUGUCGGGUAGAAUCUGGGGACGAUGGUGAGGGUUCCACGGGUGGUUGGGUUGGCGAGUAAGUGGUUGAAAGGGGUGGAAUUUGGUCCGAUUUUCGCCGGUCAGUCCGUCCCUCCGCGAUGUCCCAUCACCCCGCCUUGACCAUUGGACGAUGGUUCGGCUCCGCAAUAACCUUGGAGUCGGACAUGCUGUUAGAAAUGCCGGGCAAGGGGCAUUCAAUGUGGACAGAAAGGGGAUGUAAAUCUACCUAAAGUGUUCACCGGUUCGCUGCGCGGUGUGUGGUUUGUAUAGCAGUAACGACAACAGCCGGGCCACGAAUUAUGCAGGAUUACGCAACUUGUCUGCACAGCCUGUCUGCGUCCCAACUAAUUAACUAUAGAUUCAGACCUAAAGUCCAAGUCCAGGCGACUGCAGUGUAGUUGCGAUACAGAGGAGCGAAUGUGCAGGACGCGGCCGACGCAACCUUGUUGUACUUGUAGUAUACCACCACCCAGUUCCAUUUCCAGCACAUCUAUAGUCAUCUUUUGGUAGAUCUAUCAUAUCAGCAAGCAUGUUAUCAUCCUACCGAUGGGGACCCUACUCCAUACCCGGUCCUCCCCCGACCCAAACAUCGUCCGACCAUCCCUCAACCGAACAGGCAGGACCCAACGGCUAUGAGUACUCUCCCCGGACCCCCUUCGCCUCCCCCACGGAGGAGAUGAAGACUUGCCUCAUCUGCGGCGACCGUGCCACGGGUCUCCACUACGGCAUCGUGUCCUGCGAGGGCUGCAAGGGUUUCUUCAAGCGCAGCGUGUGCAACCGGCGAGUCUACCGGUGUUUGCGGGAAAAGAACUGCAUGAUGUCUCGCCAGAAGCGCAACAGGUGUCAGUACUGCCGGCUGCUCAAGUGUCUGCAGGUCGGCAUGAACAGGAAAGCCAUUCGGGAAGACGGCAUGCCAGGCGGUCGGAAUAAAAGCAUCGGCCCUGUCAAGUUGACGGAUGAGGACAUUGAGCGCAUCAUGACCGGUGAGGAGUACGAGAGGGAAGACAUGCUAGCCGGCCGGACCCCGGGCGAGCAGACGGGAAGCCCCACCCGCAGUGACGGCAUCUCGGACCAGUUCUCCCCUACCUCCAUGGGCAGCAACACCAAUUUUUCCCCGGAGGCGAUAGAGCGGUUCACUUUCCCCGGGCCUUCCCCGUCAGGGGAUGGUGGCGCCCAGCCGCCGCUGCCGAGGGAUCCGUACAACGGCCGGCCACGCGAGGCGUACAAGCCUCGCAAGAACCGGCGCUCUAGCUCCCAGAGCUCCAUCCAGCAGCUGCCACCCAUGACCAUGCUCCCGGAGAUUGAGGUGCUGAUCAUCGCCGAGCCCGAGGAGCCCCUGACCUUACCCUUCCUCCUCCCCAGCGACAAACCGUCCAACUACUCGGAGAUCUUCGAGCUCCUAUGCAUGUUGAUGGACCGCUUGAUCCAUCAUCAAGUCCAGUGGGUCAAGCGGCUUCCAUUCGCCUGUAAGCUGACCGUCCAGGACAUCACGGCUCUGAUCAGCAGCACCUGGUGCGAGACCAUCCUUCUGGCCGCGCUCCAUAGCCAACCCCCGGCUGUCUUCGCCGACUUGGCCGUCCUACUCAACAACUACAUCCCGAGUGAGGAAGAGCUGCGUCGAUUCGGUCAGACCGGAUUGGAAAUCAUCGACAAAGCUAGUGCGAUGGUCAGCAAGUAUCAGCUACUGCGAGUCAGCGUCCAGGAAUAUCUGUGCAUCAAGGUUAUCAACUUCCUGAACCCAGAUGCUGGCGACCUGGUUGAUCCCGCGGUGGUGGAGGAGCUGAGCCAGCAGCACUACUAUGUGCUUCACGACCACGUGCAGCUGAACAACAACUUGGCCAGCGACCGCUUUCGCGCCCUUCUCCUCUUGCUGCCUGACGUCAGGUUUUUGGCGCGAAAGAUCCGCGAUGUGUCCUUCGACAACGCGCCUCUGUUGUUCAAAGCCAUCAUGCACUCGUGCUGCCCGCAAGUCAAGCAGGUUAACCCUCUCUUCGUGUCUACGGCAUAGGUGGUCAAGACCUGAGAGGGGCACGGCUUCUUCUCUGUUUUACCCCGUGCUGAAUUUACCCCACACAACGCGCAUGAGCACAUUGUGUGGGAUAUGCGCAUUUUGAUAAAGGUCACUUCAGCACGGUGAUAAACUGAGCUCAGAUCAUCAGUUUGACUUUUGUUCUCUUUUCUCUGCCAGAUUUAAGUAUUAAUACAUGUAUCUCUUUUCAAUUGUAUAUCUCAAACCUAUUUUUUAUGAUGGUCUUUGUUUUUGUUUUUAUUUUUGGAAGGAUAUUAUGUUAACACACUAGUUGCUAACAUGAUCUUCAAGUUACAUGACACGUUCAAGUACUUUAUAAAAUAUUAUUGCUAGGAUUUUUUUUGUCACUAAUACCGUUCCAUAUAUGGCUUGUAUUAUGCCUUUAAAUUAUCCAGAUUGAUUAAGAGAUAUGGAAUUUGGUUUUCAACAGGAAGUUCUUUUAAAUGUAUUCAUGUGUUGAAACAUUAAUGUUGACAUUUAGAAAAAGUUUUUACGGAAACAAAUUAAAACGGUUCAAAUAAUUAUGACUCCCGCGGGAGAUUGUUUGAAUCACUCUGCUUGAAUAUUUCAUCAUUUUUGUUUCUGUCGAAUUUUUUUUUUAACAUUUGUUUAUAUAAAGUCUCCAAAGCUUUGAGCGUUUUAAUUUUAAGAUGAGUUCAAUUAAGUUUUACUAACCCCCAAAAUAUGUGCGCUGUGAGCGGAAAUGUGUCGUUAAAACGAUCGUCAAACGUCUUAACAGAUAUGUCUGAAGAGAUGGUUGGAAAGUAUUUGGAUAUUUGUCUUAAAAAAAAGCUGAUUAUAAAAGUGAAGACUUGUCGAAAGAAGGUUUCAAAACUGACGUUUCAAUAUGUCUUGUUAGAAAAAAAAACUUUCGUUUUGUUUGGGUCAGACGAAGCGAAAGUAGGACUUAUUGUCAGUCUUAUGACCUUAAUUUGUUUGUAUUAAUUAACGAUUGCUGCAUAUUUGUUAAUGUUUGUUUUAGUAUUUCAAUAUAUAUCUCUUCUUUGCUUGUAUAUGAAGUUGUGUAUCAGAAACGUUCUAUAUAUCCACCGGUAACGUUUGAAGCACGCUUUGUGUGCAAUCUAUAGUCAGUUAAUUAUUGAAAAGUUUGGUAGCCUAUAACAGGGUCAAAGGUCGUGACUAGGGAGGUUUUCCAAACUCCGGCUUCGACUCUGGCUCCAGAAUAAAACAUUGAAAGUAUAAGCCAAAUAUAAGCAUUUCAAACUUUGUCCUGUUGCGUUAUGCAAUUAUAUGUUCUUGAAGCAUCACAUUGAGCCAGAGUUCCCCAGGUUAGGGGCCUGAUUUCUCCUGAAACGCUGAACCUGGAAGGAGGCCGAGGUUUGGAAAAAUGUCAAUACAAACUGCCAGCAGUGCCAUGUGCGGCAGUUGGUAAUCAAAAUAAUAAUCAGUGAAAACGACAUUAUUUAAAGUUUAAUGUUAUUUUUGUCAACAAAAUGUUUUGUACAUAUACCACAUUGCAGUAUGGAAUAGUUACUUAGGGCGAAAUAGAGUGGCGUGUUAAAAAGGGAAUAUGUUGUUUUCGGUCAGGUUUUUAAAGGUAUAUAGUAUCAUUUGCUUUGGGUGUUUUUUUUUCGUAUAAACCAACAAAUCGCUCACAAUCUUAAGUAGGCAGCACAACAACUAACCUGUUGAACUUUUAGCUCAGUAGAUAUUCAUUUUGAGAAAACGGAGAAAUUGUUUACACAUUUUGGGUGUCUCGUAAUUGGAUUCCGUUGCUAACGUAUACGUACAUAAGUGCGCCGUUGGCACCCAUUUUAAAACCAAUGUUUUCUGCCCAACAUACCAUUUCAGGUGGAAUAGUAUUUAAUACGAGUCAUGUCUUCUCUUUGAUCCACAUUUUCUGUUUUUAAAUCGUUAGGUAUAAUUGUUCGGGUAAUUGGAAAUGUUCCUGUAUAAACGUGGCUUCAAAGUUCGCUUCUUUGAAAUUCCAAUUUCCCUGUUGGCAAUUUUUAAUGAGAAUGUUAACUAAUAAUGAGAACACGUAUUUUCGUUUCGGUUUCUUUGUUUAUGUGAGCUGAUGGGUACUCGCCUUCGGCAAACAUUGAAAGUGGAAAUUAAUGGCGAAUGUUUUCCCUCUAAACUUAGUCUGGACAAACAAUCCUUUAAACAGAAAACCAAUGUAGUAUAUGUUGAAAAUGAAGGUCACAGAAGUUUAAUUAUAUAAAUUAUUAUUUAGAAUUAAUGAGUUCAUUUUUAUGAUUGAUUAGAAUACACAUUGAUAUUCCAUCGUUAUUUCAAUAGUUGCUGGUAUUUGGUCUGAUACACCCUCAGAGAUAAUUCAUUCGGAUGUUGUUUUGAGUGCUGAUGAAGUAUCCUUGUUGAAAUAGUCUCACAGUCCGAAUACGUCUUUUGAUGUCUGCAAAUUCCAUUCUGAUAGAUAAUGCAUUUCGUUUUGAAUGUUUGUUUUAAUUUUCAACGUGGAGUAUUUUUUGGUCUGUAAAAAAUAGAUCAACACAUUUUGAUUCGGUGUAAAAGUACCUUGCACUGUACAAGGUUUUUUUAAUCAUUAGUAUGUAGAUCUAAUAGAUUUGAUUGGUGCGAUUAGGGAUUUAUAUUUUUUCUCGCUCUGAGUGUUCCUGAAUACCAAAGUCAUAUAAACACAUUAUAAAAAAGGUGUGUGUAUCGUUGCAGCUGAUGAUGACAGAAUAAUGCAAUUUUUGGGUGCAGUAUUUUUAAGUUUUGACAUUUUGUUCCCUCCAUGCAAUAUGACCUCAGUGUGCAGCCGCCAUCUUAGCUUUUUACUCUUGCACUAGACACGAUGCAGGGCACUGUUGGACACCAAUGUGGUUUUAAGUUAAUUCAACAUUAUAGACUGGUGCUCGCGGGCUAUUGAUUGAUAUACCACAAGUAUAGGCAAUGUGGUCGGGGACAUGAUCAAGAUGGCUACUUUCAGUAGCGUGAACUGGUAUGGCUAUAAACCGUUGCCAGUGUUGAUUUUAUCAACGCAAAAAACACGAGAAAAAUCUGGAAAUAAAAAUGCAUAUACAUUGUAUUUUGUGUAUUACCAUUUUGCCCAGCAGUCGUUGCUGUAUUGAACAAUAAGGCCGAUUAUGAUCUACCAGCAACUCCAAACACGUGACACUAAUCCAUACAUCGUCUUUGCAUUUUUACGAUUGUCAUUUUUUGUUCACGCUGUGUGGUGAUUAUAAGCUUUUACGUUGUACAAAAGGUACUAGCCACAAUGUUAAUUAUUUUAAAAUAAUUAGUUGGUUUUAACGGCAAAGAUAAAGUACAUAUUAAGUCGCCACAGGAUUAAUUACCUCUUGACUUAGGUUUAUUGCAUGGCAGUCUAAAAACACGCGAAUCCAUAUUUAUUUGUUGGCCUUUGACUGCUCAAAGAAAGUGUCGUAUGAAAUGUUGACGCCAAAACAUUCAUAGACUUCCCGCCAUACUGCUCUUGUUCAGUGAACUUGACACAUAAGCAAGACGGGUCGAGUCCGUUUUUCGUGGAGUUAAAAUUUCCUAAUACACCGUCUUAAGUUGCGUACAAAGCUUAACAAAAGAAUACUUCAAAUGCAGCUGUUUGUAGCGUUCAGGUGAUACCAAAGAUGGCGACAAACCAAGGGCAAAAUCAAAAUGGCGGUUUUGCUGCGUUCGCAUGCGUGUACAAUAACAAGCUUCAUAUCCAUACACCAAAUAACUCCAUAUUAUUAUAAUUAUUAUUUUUGUAUACAUGGGCAAUAACUUGGCAGCUGAUGACAACUAUAUUUCGCUCCAAAGUUGCAUGCAAAAAGUUUGAAUAUAGGGUUGGGAUUCUAUUAAAGUGUAGUUUUUAUUAGGUCGUGCAUGGGUAGUUUUGUAGUUUACACAUUGUAAAGGUUUGUACUAAAACAAAAUCAGGGAGAAUUUAGCUUCUGUAUUUGCAACAAUCUACCUCUUUCAGUUAUAUUUUGUUGUUUGGGUCUGCCGUAUCUCACGUGACCACCCUUUUUCUUGAACGGGUUUCUCACUUUUAACAGCACGGGUUGUACAGAAAGUGUGUGUAAACAGUAUGUUGUCCGAUGGUCGCUUCGUCCUUCGAACAACAUUGUGCAAAAUAAUGUGUUCUCUUAUUUUGAUGUUUGGCUGAGACACGCCGGUAUUCUUAUUUUCUGUUUGAGUCACAGUGUUAAGAAUGUUUCGAAGGUGACACUCGCGGCUAAUUAGACAUGUGUUCUGAAGGACGUCAUUUUGUUGUUCGGAUCUCUUUUGUGGCUGAUCCAAAUUAACCAGAAAAAAAAAGAAGGCCGGGAACAUUUGAGAUCGAUCCGUCUGGAAUGAUGACCCUAAUUAAAAAAUCAGAAAUUGUACUACUUACGACUGAUUGUUUAUAAACUAAAGGGUUUCUUGCUUCCCGUGGAUCCGAACUGAACCCUUAUUUUGUACAAUGGGACCACCAUUUCCGUUCAAGGGAGUUUUUUGUGUGUACAUAUUGUAAAAUUUGAAGUAAACAGUUGACAUUAAUAUACUGAAGGGAAAACAUUAGUUGACUAACCACGGACAUUGUUUAAUGUAUGAACGAGCAUUUACGUUUUCCAUAUAAAGGCAUAUAAACUUUUACGAAAAACUCGUUCAAUGUUCUUCGAAUCAAAGAUGCUAAAAAUGUUCUUAAACGUUUUCCAAAGAAUGUCCUGUACAAUGAUAAGUAUGGUUUCCAUCUGUGAGAGUUUUAAUCUACACCGUGUGACAGUAUGCAUGUAUUAAAUUUUAACAACUAUUAAACGAUAACAUUUGGGGAAGUGAAAAAGAAAAUA